AGUACUUAUUUCACAUACCAUAGUCAGUGAAAACUAAACAAAGUGAGGAGCUGAAAAUAGACAUCAUGUAAAAAUAACUGUAUUUGUAUGCGUAUCUAUAGUAACUGCACUAACUUAAAGUUUAUAAUUCGUAAAAAUGUUCGCUUUUAUUACAGAAGCUAUCGGGCUUACAACGCGUAGCUCAGCGCAGCAGUUUACUGAAAAAAUAAUGAAGGGCUAUAAAAUUACUGAUAAUGAACGUUCUAAGAAAUAUGGCAUAGGCUCUAAUUCUCUGCAGAUGCUAAAAAAUAAGGCGAAAAUCAAAUUUCCUAUUAAAGAUGUACGCCUAUAUUUAGCUGCGGAUGGCUGUGAGGUAACAGAUGAAGACUACUUUUCUACUUUAGAGCCGCAAACUUUGUUCGUAGUAGCUGGUCCCGAGACUAUUAUAACAACAGAUGGCGAGUUUCAAUUCGAGCAACUUAAACAAAGAUCUCCUCUCUUACGUGUCGCAGAUAUUGUUCAUGAUUUUAUGGAACAACAUCCGCAAAAAUUUCUCAAGAUGGUUUCGGAUUAUGAAAAGUUAAAGAAGCCUAAAUUAGAUCAUUCUAAAACAAAUUUAAGUUUAAAAAGCGAACACAGUGAAUGGUUUCUUGGUCUAGAAGAAAGAUGUCAUACUAAAGAGGAAGCUCUCUCGCGACGAGCUCAAGAUCGUGUUCGCGGUUAUUACUAUAAAACUAAAGAUGAACUAACGCGGAACAUAAUUUAUCGCCAAAAUUUAAAAGCUCGUCGCCUUAUCGAUGCUAUACUGGAGAAAUUUCGUUAUCUGCUUAUAGGUUGUGAUUACUUUUCCAUGAUUUUUGAUCGUGAUUGCAAUCGUAAGCACGAAUUUCUCCAAAAACAACUUGAUGAUGAAACAGAUGCUCGCAGUGUGGUGCCCAGCAAGAAGCUAAAGCAAAUUAUUAAAAAUUAUACCCUCAAAAAUCAGAUUCUUGAUAAAUGGACGGUUUCCCUAUGCUCCAAUUUGGGUGAUUUUUAUUGCCAAGGGCCUUUUUCGGAUAGUACUAACAAUUGCUCACUAAAUCAUACCAUUAAUCCUUAUGCUUCUCGAGAAAAUCUUAUAUUGUUCCAAGUUUGGAAUCUCGACCAUCAAAUUGAAUUGUCUCGCACUAUUCUUCCUGCUUUGCUAGAGAAUGUUCGUACGCUAAUUACUAUGCCUAAACGUUUGUGUGAUCUGCAUAACGGGCAACUGGUUGAUGUCUCAGUACUGGAAUAUUUUUUGGAAAUUUUCUCACUGAAAAAUCUCAAAUUGGUACACAUUGUUUGUCACGAGAAAGUGCAAAGAACCAAUAAAUCGAACGGCCGUUUAUUGUGUGAACAGUGUCAUGAAUAUCAAAUUGUUCAAGCGUUAAUGGACGUGCAAGUGGAUAAAGAGGCAGCGAAUUUUUAAAAAAUCGAGCAUUCAGGGAACAUGUGAAUUUGACCGUAAACUAUACGAAUGCGCAAUUUGAUGACUAAUAUCUAUUCUAGAGUACCUGAUCCAACAACUGUGUAUUAGUCGACUUACCUUAAAUCGUCAUCAUUGACAACUAGAAAAAAUUUUAUGUGAUGUUUAUUGAGUAGAGGGUCACUUAUGACUCUCUGCCUUCCUUCGGCUCGAGCUUUUUUAUUGCCCGCAUUGUUUGUGUGCCUUGAAAGAAGUGCACUCUAAAACUGAUUCUAUAUAUAACUUUUCCGAUAUACUUAAAUUUCUAUUUGUAAUAAGAACUGAGAGUCGCCUCUAUUGGAGAAUUUGUUAAAUCAUUUUUAAGAAAAAAUUGCUUUAUAUGUUCGCGGGUUUGUACGCGAUGUGAUGCAGAAUAACGUCAAUGCCACGUCAUCCACAUUUUAAGGGCAAUUUUUAUUAAUUCAUUUUUAUACCUACCACUGCAAGAUGGGGGUAUACUCAUUUUGUUUUUCCCCAUAAUGUAUGUAACACCCGUACAAAAGGGGGCUUCAGAGGACCCUAUAAAGUACAUACAUUCUUGAUCAGCGUGAAAUCCUGUAAUGUCCGUCCGUCUGCGUGUCUGCGCGGUGUG